AAGCAGAUACCACUAACACACGAUUACCCCUGGGGUGAAGAGAGUCAACUUAUGCUUCCACCAGCAAGCAAGCACCAACCACCAAUCUCACUAGUUCUCCAUCAUUUCGUCGCAUGCUCGUCGAUCUCGUGAUCUUGAUCUCCUGGAAUUAAACUGCAUGUAUGUGCUCGUGCACAGCUGCAGAUCGUCACUGCCAGCAGUGGCUGAGAUUAGUUAGAGACAUGCCAGCCAGCGUCGCAGGCUUCCAUUCACAAUUAUAGACACACCUUGUCAUGAAGAUCAAGUUCAUUCCAUGGGAGACUAGUUAAUUCUUGCAAUCAGUUGGAAGUUGAGAAAAAUGUGGCGCUCCCGUCUUCUUUCAUCAUAUAUAGAGGCAGAGCCGAUUGUCGUUUCCAUAAGCAGCAUUUCAUCUCCUCUUCCAUUUCAAAGAGAACAAACAAUCUCAUAUCCCAAUCUCCAUAACCAUGGCUUGCCACCUCCGAUCUGCCAGCGUGCCUUCCAGCCCUCUCUCGGAUGGAACAGACGUCCAAGAUCGGCUGCGGAGCCUGAAGGCGGCCAUGUCUUUGCCCUCUGUGACAAUCCAGAUAGUGUGUGGUGCUCUGACAGAGCUCGUGAGCAUAUACAGCUGCAUUGACGAGCUCACGUGCUCGACCAGCAGCAGUCAGACUCAGCAGAGGAAAUCUCUGGAGGACGAGCUUGAGCGCUCUCUCAUGCUGCUAGACCUCUGCAGCUCCAUGCAGGAGAUCUUCGCGGAGCUCAGGACGAGUGUCCAGGAGGUGCAACUAUCCCUCAAGAGAGUGGAUGGCACGGCAGUCCACACCAAAGUUCAGUCUUACGCCCGCUUGUCCAGAAAGGCUCAGAGGCUGUGCAAAAGGAUCAGCAGCAUGGUUGCCUCUGACAUGGAGGGAUGCAGCGCCAUCAAGAUGACAGCUGAAGCGAGAGACAUUGCCAUCGUGAUACUCAAGUCGACGUUGCAUCUCUUUUUGAAGCAGAUUACAAUACCGAAAUUUUCUAGUAGCUGGUCUCUUGUAUCCAAGGCGUUCCAGAAGAAGAGAUUUGCGUGAGAUGAGGGGCAGUUGCAGGAGUUGCACAUCACUGAUCUUGAGAGUAGACUUCAGCUCCUCUUCAGGAGAUUGAUCCAUCACAGGGUCUCUCUUCUGAACAAUCUAAGCUUGUAGAAAGAUCAACUUAGUGCAACAACUCU